AUGCAAAAGAAACGAAUGCAGCACUGCCUGGCGCUCUCACUGCUCGCCCGCCGCCGCCUGCGCGCGCACCUCCCGCAGCACCUGGACGAGGAACUGUUGGGCCCGCCGCGGGCCGCCGCGGCGAUGUCGGAGGAUGCUGUGCGUCUGGCAGGCCGCGGCCAGGAGCGUCGCCAGCUGCGCGAGGCGUCCCUUACGGCACCCUGUCUCCCGCAGCAGGGCGGCCCGCGCGCGCCCGCCCUGAGGUUCCCGGUCCGCAGCGGCAGUGGAAGCCUGCACAACUCCAGCAUUUUGUGCAGAAAGUCGUGCUCGAUCGACGGGAAGGCGGCUCUCAUGUCACAGAACCACGCCGUGGGCCGGGACCAACCGAGGACAGCCUCCUGCAUGAUGGCCCCGAGCUCGACUAUGUUGGCGAGGAUGGACCUGCCGUGCAAGAAGCCCCGCUGA